GGCAGAGGGGAAGCAGGCUCCAUGUGGGGAGCCUGAUGUGAGACUCAAUCCCCUGAUUGGAGAUCAUGCCGUGAGCCCAAGGCAGAUGCUCAACUGCUGAGCCACCCAGGAGUCCCUGCACUUUACUCUCUUGAGUCAGGGCUCAACCUUGUGAGAUACUCUAAGUAGGGCUACGAUGGGCUUUUCUGGCAUGUGGCUGCUCAUUUCAGGGUGUGUGGGGCCUGCGGCUUAUUGGAGUCCUAUAGGGUUCUUAUAGGCAGCUGCCAGAAUGGGUUCUGCAGGACAUUUUGGGCUGCAGAUCGUAUGCAUGCUCAGAAGGACUUUGAAGCUUUUCUCAGCCAUGUUCUGGGAGGGUAUUAAGCCUUACUGUAUUAACUUUUCUCCUGUGCAUUUAGGAUCAUACUAAGUGAAAUGAGGAAAUAGACACAGAAAAUAAUCCAUGAGGUUCCAUGAAGAAUCCCAGUUGAGCAAGCCUGGGACCUCCCACUCCAAUUUCUACAUCAGGGCUCCACAGGGAAUGAGAAGCCUGAGAGGCAAGGACUCAUCCAAGCUUCCACAGAGUUGGUGGCAAAGCCAGCAUUCAAAACCAGGUCCUUAAAUGCCAGGCCAGGACUGGGUGAUAUGACCAUUUCCAUUCCUUCUACAUUUUCAAACUGGAGCAGUGAAUUUGUUGAGUUUUUACCCCCAGACCACCCUGUCUGUAGGAGUGGUGGGCUUGGGAGGGCUGAACCAUGCCCUCCUUUUCUGUGAGAGCUGAGCUCACAGCUCUGGCUGGUUCAGGGCUGUGUGUGGCUAAGUGCACCACAGCCCUGGCAUGGCUGGAGGCGGGGCAGCCGCUAAGUGGUUUCUGAAAAAGGGCAAAAAUGAUGGGAAAAGCUCUGGGAUCCUCUGGGAAUCAGAGCCACGGCAACAGCAGCUGCUGCCAUUGCUGGAAGCAUUUUCCUUGAGUGCCAGAGCAUACCCACGGUUCAUCCCUGCCAGUGCAGAACAACUGCUACCUGGGGAGGGGCCAAGGACCCUCACAGAGGCAGGGGAGGCAACUCUUCUCCCCACACGAAUCCAACUCUCCCUUCAAAUAACAACGGCCUUGGAGCUUGCUGGUACCUGCCGUGUCUGGAGUGUGCCUGAGUCUAGCUGGUGAGUCCUUUUUAUUGUUUGAUGGCUAAUGUAGAUGUUAGCUUUUAGAGCGGCAUAGUGAGCUGUCAGAAGCUGAGCCUUGCCUCUGUCCAGCUGUGUGACUAUGCCCAGUUCAACUAGCCUCUCAGCACCUCAUUUACCCCCUCUGAACACAGGAUAAUAACAGUGGCUGCCUCAAAUGUGGUGGUGACAUUUAAGUGAAGCUACGGCUUAGGUGCACUUAGUGUGGCUAAUCGUAAACACUUGGCAAGUGAUAGUGGAGGUUGCUAUUGUCAAUGUGUAUUAUUUGCACCAGAGUCAUCCUGGACAUCCAUCCUGGAGUGAAGAGGCCAUGGCUCCUGCCGAGGCCAGUGGUUUGUGGCUGGAGGUUUCACUGGAUUGCCCUCUCUGGACUGAAGGCUCCACUUAUUCUAUGUUUUGGGUAGAGUUCCUCUGGAUCUUCAUCCAUAGUUUGGGUAUUCCCAGAUCUCCAUAUCUCUUUAGGAAAUACUCAUGUAGGCCAACAGGGCAAAGAUGAUCUGGGUUGGGUCCUGGACCAGCUCCCAAGAGCCUGCAGGGAGGCUAGAGGCAGACAGAUGCUUUGAGCAGAGAGGGAGCAGGAGAGCCACACCCAGGAUGUCUCAUCUGGAUUGGGGAGAAAAUAAAGGCUUCUCCUGGAUGGUGGGCAUUGUCCUCCCUGGCUCUGGAGUUGAGAAAAACCCAGAGGCUAAACCAAGUCUUUGCUAAGCAGGGUCACUUUUUCAGGUCUGUCCUUUAGUCCAGAUUGCUAUUUGUGAAUGUUACAUAAACCAGAACCACCAUCUCCAUCAGACACUCCAAGUCAUGGUUGGAAAUUCCCCCAUCAUUGUAGAACAUUCCACUGUGACAGGUACAUUGCCAUGGAGCUCAUGUGCUGGACAGACUACCCUGUCCCUGUCUACCCCACAGCCCAGAGCAAAUGGCUUCUUGGUCCCUGUCCUUCCCUCUGCUCCUGAAGAAGCUUGGUUUCCAGUAGGGAAUUAGGUGCGAGGCAUGCAGCACAGAUUUGGGGUUUCUUGACCUACUGAAUGAUGACACUGUGUGGCCUGCUUCAUGUUUCUUGGGUUUGGUUAGAUUCAGACCAGAGGAAGAGGCAAAAAGGAAUACCAUGGAAAGGUUUUGUGGAGGCUCCUGCUAAUGGGUACUCUUUUUGGGAUGUUAAGAGCUGUGAGUCAGGCAGCAGGUUUAUUCUUCAUUUUGUGGCCAGUCCCAUCCAAGGGGUCAGCCCUGGGAGAGCCAGGCCUGGCAUAUGGCCAAAUCUUACUUAUACUUCAUUUUGGGCUUUGAGCUUUUAGGGAUGCUUGUUUGAGCAGGAAGGUGCUACAGGCUGGGGCUUCUGAUUGAAAGGGCACCAUCCCUGCCUGCCUGGCCCAGGGCUGGGGGACCCUGGUCUGAUCUGCCCCCACCCCACCCUGAGGUGAGACCUAGGGCUGAGUUUAAUGGCUGAGAAGAGCCUGAGCCUUCAGAGAGGUGGUGGAGUGCUGGAGAUGCUCUGGGGUCAGGCUACUGCGUGUUCAAUCCAGGUCCCCACUCUGCCUGUGUGGCCUCGUGUAACCACUGUGUCUGAGUUUCCUCAUCUGUCAAAUAUUUACGUCUUAGAGAUAUGAAAAUGAAGUGAGUGCAUGGGAAGUGCUAGAACACCAUCUUGGCACAGCACAGGCUCAAGCAUGUCAAUUAUUUUCAUUCUUACUCACCUCCUGUGCCUUUUAAAGGGGACAGACUCCCCUUAGUAUGAACAAUCCUGACCAGAGAGUUAUUUUCUGAAAGUAUAGAUGACUGCUGGUGUUCAUUCAUCUGAAGCUUCUCAUGGCUUCCUGCCAUCUACACAAUAACAUCCACAUCCUGUUCCUUGACAUUCAAGGACAGUAGCCAUUUGGUUCCAACCCGACUGCCUGCCUCCCAGUCCACUGGCUUGCUCUCCAUCAGGUAUUCUGGGAUCCCCAUCCUCUUCCUUCAGUCCCAGACCAACCCUGGAUCUCCUUCCAGGCCCAGAUCCUCUGUCACUUCCUCCAGAAUCCUUCUUCAGGACCCUGGCCCCCCUCCUGUGAUAUCCCUGCCUCAGCCAGCACCUGGUUUCUGUCUUAGAUGGGGCCUGAAUGCUCUCUGUACCCCCAGCACAGGCCUGGAUACCCAGUAGGAUUCAGCAGAUGGGUAUUGAGUGAUGGGAUGAACAAAUGGGUGAGUGGUUGGAAAUGGGAUUCUCUGUGGCUGGGAACACUUCUUGCUGCAGAGUUUCCAUCUGAUGGAUGACCCAGAGAAAUACUCAGGCCCUCCUCAAAGUGGAACAACAGGCAGGAGGGAAAAUGGGUCUAUCUUAUUUACAGGAUGUGGAGUGGUGAUGCUGCUUCAUUUUCUUCCCCCAAGGAUCUGGGCAUCAGAUCAUAGCUGAUUUAUUGUUAAGGCCCAGCCAUGUGUUCUGAGUGUUCACUGCCUGAAUAUACACUUGAAAAUGCUGGUCUUGGGGCACCUCCCAUUCCUUCAGUGGCAUUUUCUGGAAUCCAGCCACUGCUGGAACAUGAAUCUCACUUACUUCCUAUGCAAAUGGGAAUAAAAAAAGGUCUAUAUGUGAUCUCUUUCCUGUCCCCCACAGUGACCAGCACAACUUUUUUUUUUUUCAUCAAGAGGGGGAUCAAGAAAGCUCCCUGCUCAGGAGGUCACUGGGUAUGGAUACGUCAGUGCUGGAUAGAAAUUGCUAGACUGCAUAAUGGACGGUGCAAAGAGGACUCUGAAGGAUGAUGGACAAUCAACUCAGGCCACUCAGGAGGGGUUGGGAACAUGGGCAGUGCAGAGCUUGGAGGUUUGUUGGGCCCCAAGAGGAGGUACUGCAGGAGCAAAGGCCUCUGAGAUGUGGGACAGCCUUGGGUACUAGAGAGAGGGGAUGCCCCACUGGAUGGAGGGAAGAGUGGGAGAGGAAGUUAGGAAGGGAGUGGGAAACAGUAUCAAAACUAGUUCAUGGCCGUAUGUGCUGGCAUGAGCUGCCACCCGAACUCCACAUGUUCAGACCUAGAAGGCCUGAACCAGCCCUGAAUCACUUAAAGUUUAAAAGUUCAAGGAGGCUUGAAAUAUGCUAAUUUCACAAAAAUGACUAAAAGUACAAAAAAAUCUCCUACAGACUCAGCAGUUAUAGCCACCAGGUUGAACAGCACAGGCAGCUGAGCACAUGGCUGGUGACGGGACACAGGGCACAGGUGGCCAUUGCAGAGGAGUGGGAGUGUGCCAGUCUCUGCUGCCUCCUUGUUUGUAGAUACACAGCCUGCCUUGCUCUUUAGGGUUGAGCCAUUCUCAUCACAGACUUCUCCCCGGAGUGCACAGUCAGUGACAGCUCUUCCAUUGCCCCCCUUACUCUGAUCUUGGAGGGAGGCAGAGCCGUGGAUAUCAUCCUACUUUGCAGAUGAGGCACCUGAAACCCAGAGAGGAGAGAGUACAUUCAAGUCCUUCAGAGCCUGAUGGCUUCAGGUUGGGGGACCCAUCACUCCUGAUCCCAAUGCCUGUGGGGCUGCUAGGCCGGCUCACCCCUGGGGCUCUGAGCUAGAAAGUACAGCACCUCUGGAAGCUUCAUUUCUGGGGGGGUUAGUGCCAAUAGCUGUUUGACCUCUGGGGCUGCUUCACAGGGGCUUCUCCUUGCAAAAGCAAUGAGGGCAAAUGAGGACUAGAGUCAUGUAGUCCUCAAGCUGGGAACAAACCUGAUCUUGGUGGCUGCCUGCAGGCUGCCUCUUUGGCCACAAAGGAUCUGGCAAGGAUGAAGAAUUGGGGAAGCUCCGAUUCAGGGGGGUCUGAGGACCUGCCCCAAGAGGACUCCUGCUUAGACCCCCUGGAUGGAGACCCUAAUUCCAGGCCAGUUCCAGCCAAGCCCCACAUCUUCCCUACGGCUAAGAGCCGCAGCCGACUUUUUGGAAAGUGUGACUCAGAGGAGGCUUCUAUGGAUUGCUCUUAUGAAGAAGGCCAGCUAGCCUCUUGCCCAGCCAUCACAGUCAGUCCUGUUGUCAUGAUCCCGAAACAUGAGGACGGCCCCACCUGUGCCAGGCAGCCGUCCCAGGACUCUGUGACUGGUGGAUCUGAGAAGAGCCUCAAGCUCUAUGAUCGCAGGAAGAUAUUUGAGGCUGUCGCUCAGAAUAACUGUGAGGAGCUGCAGAGCCUGCUGCUCUUCCUGCAGAAGAGCAAGAAGCACCUCAUGGACAGCGAGUUCAAAGACCCAGAGACAGGGAAGACCUGUCUGCUGAAAGCCAUGCUCAACCUGCAUGAUGGGCAGAAUGACACCAUCCCCCUGCUCCUGGAGAUUGCCCGUCAGACGGACAGCCUAAAGGAGUUGGUCAACGCCAGCUACACAGACAGCUACUACAAGGGCCAGACAGCCCUGCAUAUUGCCAUUGAGAGGCGGAACAUGGCGCUCGUGACCCUCCUGGUGGAGAACGGGGCAGACGUCCAGGCUGCAGCCAAUGGGGACUUCUUUAAGAAAACCAAAGGGCGGCCUGGCUUCUACUUUGGUGAGCUGCCCCUGUCCUUGGCUGCAUGUACCAACCAGCUGGGCAUUGUGAAGUUCCUGCUGCAGAACUCUUGGCAACCUGCAGACAUCAGCGCCAGGGACUCCGUGGGUAACACCGUGCUGCACGCACUGGUAGAGGUGGCCGACAACACAGCUGACAAUACCAAGUUUGUGACGAGCAUGUACAAUGAGAUUCUCAUCCUGGGCGCCAAGCUCCACCCUACACUGAAGCUGGAGGGGCUCACCAACAAGAAGGGGCUGACGCCACUGGCUCUGGCAGCCAGGAGUGGGAAAAUCGGGGUCUUGGCCUAUAUUCUCCAGAGAGAGAUCCAAGAGCCUGAGUGCAGGCAUCUGUCCAGGAAGUUCACUGAAUGGGCGUACGGGCCCGUGCACUCGUCACUCUAUGACCUGUCCUGCAUUGACACUUGUGAGAAGAACUCAGUGCUGGAGGUGAUUGCCUACAGCAGCAGUGAGACCCCGAUUCAAUAUUUCCUGCAGAGGCGGCCAUCGCUGAAGACCUUGUUUGUGGACAGCUACAGUGAGAUGCUUUUUUUUGUGCAGUCACUGUUCAUGCUGGGGACCGUGGUGCUGUACUUCUGCCACCACAAGGAGUACGUGGCCUCUAUGGUGUUCUCCCUGGCCAUGGGCUGGACCAACAUGCUCUACUACACCCGCGGCUUCCAGCAGAUGGGCAUCUAUGCUGUUAUGAUUGAGAAGAUGAUCCUGAGAGACUUGUGUCGCUUCAUGUUUGUCUACCUUGUUUUCUUGUUCGGGUUUUCCACAGCGGUGGUGACACUGAUUGAGGAUGGGAAGAAUAACUCUGUGCCGACUGAGUCCACAUUGCAUAGGUGGCGAGGGCCUGGCUGCCGGCCACCUGACAGCUCCUACAAUAGCCUGUACUCCACGUGUCUGGAGCUCUUCAAGUUUACCAUCGGUAUGGGCGACCUGGAGUUCACCGAGAACUAUGACUUCAAGGCUGUCUUCAUCAUCUUAUUGCUGGCCUACGUGAUUCUCACCUAUAUCCUUCUACUCAACAUGCUCAUUGCCCUCAUGGGUGAGACUGUCAACAAGAUCGCACAGGAGAGCAAGAACAUAUGGAAGCUACAGAGAGCUAUCACCAUCCUGGACACGGAGAAGAGCUUCCUUAAGUGUAUGAGGAAGGCCUUCCGCUCAGGCAAGCUGUUGCAGGUGGGGUAUACACCUGACGGCAAGGAUGACUACAGGUGGUGUUUCAGGGUGGAUGAGGUCAACUGGACCACUUGGAACACCAAUGUAGGUAUCAUCAAUGAAGACCCCGGGAACUGUGAGGGCAUCAAGCGCACCCUGAGCUUCUCCCUGCGGUCAGGCAGAGUUUCAGGAAGAAACUGGAAGAACUUUUCCCUGGUUCCCCUUUUAAGAGAUGCAAGUACAAGGGAAAGGCACCCUGCCCAACCGGAGGAAGUUCAUCUGAGGCACUUUGCAGGGUCCCUCAAACCAGAAGAUGCUGAGAUCUUCAAGGAUCCUGUUGGUUUAGGGGAGAAGUGAGGGACCUGUCUAGGGUUCUCUUAACAUUGUUGGGCCUCAGAAUAUCCCACUGCUGCCGAGGGGCUGUGUAGGGAACAAUAGGGCACUCUCAGCAGCCUGGCCUGGUCUGUGCCUGCCUAGGCACUUUCCUUGCCUGAUCUGGACAAGCUAUGUGAAGCAUUGGUGAUGCAUGGGAAGAGAUAGUCUUCAUACCCCCCACUGUCUGCAAGUGAGUCUCCCACCAGGAAAGGAUUUUGCUCUCAUCUUUUUACUGACUUUGUUAAGUAUCAUGAAUGAUGAACCUUUGUGUGGACAUAUGUGAUACCCCUGCUUUAUUUUACUGAGUAAAAGCAAAUGAGGCCCAGGAAAACACUUCUUAGAACAAAGCAUGUCCUUUGAUGUAAAAUGUUGAAGCUGUUCUCUGUAUUGUGUUUAAUUACCUCCCCUGAACAGAGUGGUCUGGGGGUGAUGUCAUUUAUUUGUCAGAGAAGGUGGGGGAGGCUGGCCCUAUUCCUGCUCUGCCAGAAUCAGGUUUUUCCAGAGUGACUUCUUCCUUCUGUGUGAUACUUCACAGUUCCAAAAACAUUAACUCUAUUGCUGUUCAGAUAAAAGUACAGAACCAUGUCUCAAAAGCAUGUGGCAAGAAUUUUUUAAUGAUCUUCCAUUUGUAGUGACCAUAGUCCCACUCCCCUGUAGUGGUACAUACUUCUACCUCCAUCCCACCUGUCAUCCAUCAAAUAAAUGAGUA